UCUUUUCUCUCCCUCUCUCUCUCUCUUUCUUUCUCUCUCUCGAUGAAGAAGGAUUGACGAGAGAGGGGAGAAGGGAAUAUAGCGCAGGAGUUUUAACGUGGACGCUAGAGACCCGAAUUAAUAGGUCGUCCAGGAAAGAAAGCUGGCAGGGGAAAGAGGCGAGGGAGGGAUUGAGGGGUGGUCGCGAUACUUUCACCCUCCUCCUUUUCUCCAGCAACAUUUCGUCCAAUUUGUCAUUCUUCCGGGAGACUUUGAAAGUAUUUAAAAAGUUUCCCAACCCUGGGGCCGUAACCUGACGUUUAAUCGUCCUUCCCCUUCCUACCUUACUACUUCACCUUUCUCUCUCUUUCCCUCUCUUUCUCUCUCUUGCUUCUCACCGCGUUCCGGAAGAUUAUAAAAAGAGAGAUUGCUCGGCAGAUGAACAAUGUAAUUUAUAAUCGGGAAGAAUUAACCGCCGUCGGGUGGAAUCGUAAAAGUUUUUCUACCGCGGCAGUUCGGACGGACGGGUAAAUAUUUUAUUCCUUCGCAAAUGGUGUGCCACCACCACUGCCACCACUGCCGCAACUGCUGUUUGGCUGAGUAUUCGUGCGAUAAUUAUAUGGUAUUUGUUCGCUUGUGUGCACAGAAAACAUGAACGGAUAAAUGUAGUUACGAGCACUCCGUGAAAAGCGAUACGGGCAACGUUUAAGAUCUUAAUGGACGCACGAGUUAUAGAUUUUAAUCUUAUUUAUACUGGACAGCCAGUCUCAAGCCGUCAAAGAUAUCCGUCGAGUAUAAUCGUUUGCUUUCCAAAACGAAUCCUCUUUGGACGAUCGUCUUAAUCGAUCGUUUAAAACUUACGAUUUUCAUUAAAAUCCCUCUGAUCCUUUACAACAGCUUCGUACAAUCCGGUUUCUUACGUUUUUCUUUUUUUUUCGAAUGACAUAAACACAAGACGAACAUAUAUAUAAAACGAAUUCUUCUUAAUCGUCUUCUUAGUCGAUUUAGUUAUCCCAAUGCCAGUUCGUCACCGCGCCAGUUUUAAACCAAGAGUAGCAAUCGUACAAACUAUAUUAUCUUCUAAGUUGUAUCAACGCGGUUUGAGAAAACGUGAUGCGAAGUCGUGAAAUCGUUCGAUCCAUCGCGAUCGUUGGGCACUUCGACAGCUUUCUCCAUUCACCACUUCUUCCUUCUAUAGGGGAGGAUGAGGAUUGGAGUGACUCCGAAAAGACCCCAUCGGUGAGCAGCGGCGUCGAGGGUGGUGGAUCGGCCGUGUCUAGUCCAGUCGGAGCUGCAAACGUCGAGGAGGACUCUAGUUUACCACCUCCGCCGAGACUGAACGCUUCUUCCUCCUCGAAUAGUAUAGUCUUCAAUUCAGCUGCCGACGACAUCAAGCAACGAUUUAGUGUGCUCACGGAGAACGCUCGAAAGCGACUCACUAGUCUCACCGAAGAAAUCGCGAGAGAAACGCAGAGAGAUCGACACGGAUUAUCGAGGAUCGUUCGAGAAUCCAGUCCUAAGGAAGUCGACGAAGAAUCGUCGAGCGUAGUAAUAGUCAAAGACGAAGAAUGUCAACAGAGGCCACCGUCUUCGUCGUCAACUUCGUUAGUAAGAAGAAGAGAAUCAAGUUCCAGGAGAGACUCCGAGGAUUCCACGAGACGCACAAGCACUACAUCCAGCAUCGUGGACGAAACACCUCCAGAUCCGAAAAAGAUGAAACUCGAAGAAGACGUUGCACCAAGACUGAGACUCAAUGCUAGUCUAGCGACGGAUCCGGCUCUUCGGCCUGCCACCGUCGCGGCGCUUACCGUCAAGCCUGAGAACGCAUCGCCGCCUAAUCCCGGUCCACCUUUACCUGCUGGCCUGCAGAAUGCGAUUGCAUCGGGUCGUUUGUUCGUCCUGCCAACCGACGGAAAAGAAACGAUCACUGUUGAACCUGCUAGACCAGCUCCUCUGAUCUGUCCACCCUGUGGAAUUCGUUUUAGUUCGGCCAGUACUUUAGAGGCUCAUCGUACCUUCUAUUGCGCCCAUCGACCGCGUCUCGAGGAGGACGCGACCAACGACGAGGACGAGGAGAAGUCUAGCAAGUUCGAGGUACGCAAGGCCUACGCUUGUCCGCAUUGUUCGUACAGUGCUGAUAAAAAGGUCUCGUUGAAUCGGCACAUGCGAAUGCAUGCAGCAUCUCCGGCGCCACCGACGAUCCCAACGGUAACGGCUACGACAGGAACGACGCCAGGAAAUAAUUCGACGACGGCCUCGAACGGUUCCCUCAACGAGGAAGCCGAGAGAUACUGUCGCAAUUGUGACAUCAGAUUUAAUUCGUUGAAGACUUAUCGGGCUCAUAAAACGCAUUACUGUAGUACCAGGCACGUUGUCAAGGAUGGUGCACCCCCGCCACCACCUCCUGCACCAACAGGAGCAUCUUCCUCGGCUAAAGCUUCACCACCUACAAGUUCGAGUCCUGGUGAUUCUCCGCCACCUCAGCCAUGUUUGGCAUUACCUACCAAUCCGAUUCUCAUUGUGCCGUAUUCCCUCAUACGAGGUGCCAGCGUGCUAGCUGCACCAGCUCUUCCCGCUCCCGACACGGCCUGCUUUCUACUGCCAAAUGGAUCCUUGCAGCCAAUGAUGAGAGGCUUAGCCAGUACGAAUACCAUCACCGAACCACCAGCCGUCCUUAGAGCAGCCAACAAACCUACCACACCAGCAUCGCUCGUUGGUUCCUCCACCUCGCCAUCCGUUUCGACACCUCUUGAUCUCAGCGUUAGAAGAUCACCGACGGCACAUCAGGACGAGAAAGAAAACAGAGUAUCGCCGGCACCAACUUCGCUUCCUCCUCCACCAGGAAGCCCGAGAUCGUCCAGAGGUAGUGCCAGUCCACGAGCAAGGUCGAUCGGUACGAAUCAAAGCAGCAGCACCGGAUCCGCACCUCCACCACCUCAAACCGAGCUAGCCCUCAGACUAGCUGAGUUACCACCUCCUCCUGUUCCCGUGCCCGUACCUGGUGUCCUCGUUAAACAUGGUGUCUCCAGAUGCAAGGAGUGCAACAUCGUCUUUUGUCGACACGAAAACUUCGUCGCUCACAAGAAACAUUAUUGCCAAGCAAGGGAAACGACUGUGAGUAAUAGCCCUCCACCGCCUAGCACUCCUUCACCACCACUGGUGCAGUUAAUCUGUGCAGCAUGUGGUAUUAAAUUCGCUUCCAUGGAUAAUCUCGUUGCUCAUCAAGCUUUUUACUGUCCAAAGAGGCCCGAAUCGCAAGAACACCAUUCUCGGUGCACCAAAUGUAAGGCGAUAAUCGAAACAGGUAGUACGCACACUUGCAGCGGUGGACCGACCGGUGGUUGGCGGUGUCCCGUAUGCGGUGCUGUCAGUCCAACGGCCGGUGCAGCGCAACGUCACAUGGAUGCUCAUCAGGGUGUCAAAGCAUUUAGAUGUACGAUUUGCCGUUAUAAAGGGAAUACGUUACGUGGCAUGCGAACGCACAUAAGAAUGCACUUUGAGAAACGUGGCACGGAUCUUCAGGAAGAAAAUUACAUAACGUGCGUACUCGACGACGAAGCCGUUCUUCCUACUCCCGAACCUGCUCCUGCCACCACACCGGAAGAAAUACCAGCGGAGGUACAGAUCAACGGGAAGAGCGAAGUCCGCAAAAGUCCUCAACCACCAGUUUUGCCACCACCCGCGGCUGUGACCAGCAAGGUGAAGCAAGAACGCGAGGAGAGUCCACCGCCUGAGGAAAGUCUCGAUCCUAAUAAGACUGGACCACGUUAUUGUCGGUCAUGCGACAUAAGUUUCAAUUAUUUGAGCACAUUCAUAGCGCACAAAAAGUUCUAUUGUUCGAGUCACGCCGGUGAGGCGAGUAACAAUAACAACAACAACAAUAACAACAAUUCGACAAACGCCACGACUCCGCCCAGCGGUAGAACCGAGGCAUCCGUACUUUAGAUUAUUAUAACGUACGACGUAUUGGAUAACAAUGUCCAUCCUCGAAAGACAUUUCAUCUUCGCGUUGUUUUCUCUCGAAUUAAUAAAAAACAUGGAUGCGAACGUGUACGAUGAUGGAUCUGUUAAUUGUUGCCAGUUAAUAUAUACAUAUAAUAUGAUAGCGAUUACAGAUUAACCGACUUAGUUGACUACCAUCAUGUGAUUUUUGUCGAUCCAGGGAAUUCUUCGUACUUAUUAUAAACCGACGAAUCGCAUCAAUAAUGUGUACAUAAGCACUCUCGUAUAUAGAAUUCAUGGAAAAUUACGCGAACGAUAAUAAAGCGGCAAAAGUGUCGCGAGCCGAUCGAUCCUUCUGUCAGAUCGUUUACCGUUGGAUCGAUCAAAUUAAUAAGAUAUAAAUCAUAUCGAUCUUAUGGUGACGCUUAACGUAUCAUUCUUCUUGUAUAUAAAAGAAUAAUUGCGGUUAGAUGAGAUGAUCGGUGCGCUUAUCUCCCGAACCACGAUCGACGAUCCGAUUAAAGUUGUGCAAUCUCAUGACUAUUCAAUAAUCUCGUAGUAUAUAGUAAUUAUCGACAUACCUAAGGUUAAAUAAAGAUGAUUAAGUGAGUGUAAAA